AUGGCUAAUACUCCGGAACAAUUAUUAAGUGUGCUGGAAGAUACGGCUAUGAAGUUAUCAAAAGCGCAAAUAAAUCUCAAGAAAUGUCCGAAACAACGUCUUACAAAAGGAUACAUAGAAACACGAAUUAAAGACAUCGAAGAGUAUUGGUCUACGUACAAAAAUACACAUAUAGAAUUAGUGAAGUGUGUACCGAAACCGCAACGACUCGACAUUCCAUACUUUACUAACGAAGAUUACUUUGUUCACGAAGAUUUGUACGUGUGUUUAUUAGCCGAUCUAAAUGAUUUAUUGAGUACAUACAUCAAGUCGUCGCCGGUAUCUAUGCAAGCUAACUAUAACAGUGAUUCUGGCCUAUCAAGGGAAGUGCAUGUUAAAUUACCGAGGAUUCAACUCCCAACCUUCUCAGGUAUUUACGAUGAGUGGCCUGCUUAUCAAGACUUGUUUACAUCAUUAGUGCACGAUAAUCAAACAUUAACUAAAGUACAAAAGCUGCACUAUUUGAAAAGCAGCCUUACCGGUGAAGCCUUGUCACUCUUGAAACACGUGCAAGUUACAGAGGUUAACUAUGAAGAAUCGUUUAGAAUGCUUAAGGCGCGAUUCGGUAACAAGCCCAUUAUUGUCAAUUCAAUAUUGAAGAGAUUAUUUACACAAAGGAAGAUAUCUGUACAAACCGCAAGUAACAUUAAAUCUAUAUUGGACACGACUACAGAAUGUCUGAAUGCACUAAAAAAUCUAGAAUUGACAACGAGCUCUUGGGAUCCACUCAUAAUAUUUUUAGUUGUUCAAAAAUUGGACCCAGAGACGCAUCGUGAAUGGGAAGAAGUUGCUUACAAGGAUAACGCCGAAGAGUUACCGGACUGGGACGCACUUAAGAUGUUCCUGCAAGCGAAAUUUCGCACGUUGGAGCUUGUUACGCCCCCGACCAGAGAAAAAUCUAAAGGAAAAGAAUACGCAGUUCACAUGUCAACCUCAAGUACUACGACUCCGUCGAAACAAAGAAGCUGCGCUAUGUGCAACGAAGAUCACACAUUGUGUCAUUGUGAGGGAUUCAUCAAACUCAGCCCAACAGAGAGGUGUGAGUACAUUAAACAACACAAUCUAUGCUAUAAUUGCCUGGCCCCUGGACAUUCAGCUUAUAGAUGUCGCCUGAAGAUGUCCUGUCGAAAAUGUCACAAACGUCAUCACACACUUACGCACCAGUCUACGCCUAUGACGUCAUCAAACCAACCAGGCAACAAGAAAGAACAAGAUAAAGACAUUGAAACUCAGCAAGCUUCCGCCAAAACUAACGUUUCACUUUCAUCGCAUGUCACUGCUACUUCGUCCACUGCAAUACUGGCCACAGCCCUCGUGCCUGUAAGAGAACAUGAAUCGGGACAAGUGACAGUACUACGUGCUUUGAUUGACCACGGCUCCCAAGCUACCUUCAUGAGUGAGAGAGCGGCCCAGAUGUUACGAUUGAAGAGAACGCCUGUUAAUGGCACCAUCACUGGAGUCGGCUCAACCACAACAAAUGUUAAACAUUCUGCAGAAAUCCAAUUACUAUCAAGACACGACGCUAGUUUCAACUUCACAGUCAAAGCGUACAUCAUAUCAACCCGUCUCACUGCCAAGCUACCAUCACAAACCAUCUCCACCAACACCUGGCCGCAUCUCCAAGGACUCUCUCUAGCGGAUCCAAGCUUCAAUAAAUCAGGAAGAGUUGAUUUAUUACUGGGUGUUGAUGUGUGUGCCCAAAUCAUUAAGGGUGAAGUUAUCAAGGGCCCCCCAGGAACACCAUGUGCUCAAAACACCAGCCUGGGUUGGAUUCUAUUUGGGAACGUGGAAACCAAACUACCGGGAGAUGAUAUUAUCGUCAUGCACCUCGAUCUUGAUCUAAAUAAUAUGCUGAAACGAAUGUGGGAACAAGAUCCAUAUGACAAACCAGAACCCACACCAGAGGAACGAAAGUGCGAAGAAUUUUACGAAACCACUACUAUGAGAAAUAAAGACGGACGUUAUAUUGUGAGGCUACCCAAGAAAACUAACAUGCUAUUAUCAACCCAAGGAGAUACAAGAACAAUAGCAUUGAAGAGAUUAUACCAAUUAGAGCAAAGAUUUAAGAACAAUCCAAAAUUGAAGAGCGACUAUGCUACAGUCAUGAAAGAUUACGAAUUAAACUACAUGGAAGAAGUACCAAAACAAGAAAUUGCCAAUCCAUCUGUGUAUUUACCACACCACGCCGUAGUUAAAGAAGAGAAAGAAACGACCAAAUUAAGAACUGUUUUUAAUGCUUCUCAAAAGGGAAGUAACAAUGUAUCACUGAAUGACGAACUGAUGGUCGGACCACAGAUACAAGAUGACAUGAGAAGUCUCAUCAUGAGAUGGCGUAUGAAGAAAGUUUGUUUCGUAGCCGAUAUCCAAAAAAUGUACCUGCAAGUCAUCGUUAAUGAAGAAGACAGAGAUCUGCAACGAAUACUGUGGAGAUAUGAUGAACAAGAACCUGUCAAAGACUAUCGUCUUACCAGAGUCACGUUCGGGACUGCUUCUGCUCCUUACCUGGCAGUAAGAACCUUGCAUCAAGUAGCCAUAGACGAAGGACAAAAUUAUCCCGAAGCUGCAAAAAUAAUAAGUCGCGACUAUUUCAUGGAUGACAUGAUGUCUGGUAAAGACAACGUCACAGAUGCAAUUAAAGUGGCGAAGGAAAUAGACGUCAUACUCCAGAAAGGUGGGUUUAAACUGAAGAAAUGGUGUUCUAAUAAUGCUGACUUUCUUAAAGCAUUUGAAGAAUCUGAAAGAAGCUCACAUGUAAACUUAGACAUAACAUUAGACGGAAUCACACGAGCUUUAGGAUUAUACUGGAAUAUGGGCAAGGAUCAAUUUCAAUACAGCCUAAACUUACCUGCUAAAUCCAGGACCCUUACGAAGAGAACAAUCUUAGCUGAUUUGCAGAGAUUGUUUGACCCAUUAGGCUGGUUGGCGCCUUCUGUUUUGCCUGCAAAGCUUCUUAUCCAAAAGUUAUGGCUGCAAGGAGUAACAUGGGAUGAAGAAAUAGACGAAGACAUUGCCACUGAAUGGAACAGCUUACGAGAAUCGUUUCAUCUUCACUUACCUGAGAUUGAAAUAGAUAGAUGGCUCCAUACUUCUGAAAGUAACAUGAACAACAUCACUAUCCAUGGCUUCUGUGAUGCGUCGAAUCGAGCUUAUGCUGCAGUGGCCUAUCUAAGGGUCAGAACAGAUAGUGGUGAAGUAAAGACAUCAAUCCUCGCAGCAAAAACGAAGUUAGCACCUACUAAACCCCAGUCCUUACCUCGUCUAGAACUCAGUGGUGCGGUGCUGCUUGCUGGACUCCUGAAGCAAAUAAAGGAAGCAAUGAAUAUACCCUCUAGUCAGAUAUACGCAUGGACUGAUUCCACUAUUGUGCUCUCCUGGCUUUUCGGUGAUCCUACGAGAUGGAACACGUACGUUAGAAAUAGAGUUGUUGCUAUACUCGAUAACAUCGGAAACCAUAAUUGGUACCAUGUCAAGUCACCAGAAAACCCAGCUGACGCUGGUUCGCGAGGUCAAUCCCUGCUGGACCUUAAGGACGACGAACUGUGGUGGACAGGUCCAAAGUGGUUGAAGGAAGGAGAAAUUCAAUACAGUAGACCUAAAGCGAUGGUAACUGAUCUGGAAAGAAAGGAAAUAUUACAAGUCAAUUUAAAACUUAAAAAUGAGAACAGCAUAACCUCAAGAUUUGAAAAUUGUGACACUUUACAAGAAUUGCUAAGGGUAAUAGUGUACUGCAAAAGAUUCUUAAAAGGAAGAAUAAUUGAAAACAAAGACUUACCUGUAAACACGGAGGAAUUAGAUGACGCGAUGAAAACCUGUUUGAGAAUGACACAGAAAGAUAGCUUCGAAGAAGAAAUUGAGCACCUGAAAACAAAGAGACCUAUUAAAAGACACAGUAAACUAAACAAUUUGAAACCUUACCUGGACGAUGAUGGAAUCCUCAGGGUGGGCGGAAGACUGCGUCACUCUGACCUAAACGAAGACGGUAAACACCCGAUUAUUCUUGAUCGUGAUAACAAUCUCACGGCACUCCUCGUCGCUGACGCUCACCUGAAAACCCUGCACGGUGGAGUUCAACUAACGCUCUGCUUCCUGCGAACUAGAUUCUGGAUCCUAAAAGUAAAAACUUUGGUUAAAUCAAAGAUAAGAAAAUGCCUUAUUUGUGCAAAACUAAACGCUACUGCAAGGUCACAACAGAUGGGAGACUUACCUCGUGCUCGAGUUACACCUGCAAAACCUUUCUUGAAUACCGGCAUAGACUUCGCAGGCCCGUAUCAGGUUCUGAUGUCAAAAGGGCGAGGAGCAAGGACGAACAAGGCAUACAUCGCCAUCUUUGUCUGUAUGUCUACAAAGGCGAUUCAUCUGGAACUUGUCGGAGAUCUCACGUCAGACGCGUUCAUUGGAGCCUUUCGAAGGUUUGUAGCUAGACGUGGAAGAUGUGCCCAUAUAUGGAGCGACCAAGGACGCAACUUUGUUGGAGCUAACAAGCUUCUGGCCGGAGACUGGGCAGAAGCAAAACUACAAUUCGAAGGUCCAGUCGCUGAGAAAUUAGCCUUGGAUGGAACGAAGUGGCAUUUUAUCCCUGCCUAUAGCCCACACAUGGGUGGAUUAUGGGAGGCUGGGGUGAAAUCGAUGAAACAUCACCUAAAACGAAUCUUAACAAAACACGUGACCUAUGAAGAGAUGAUCACCCUGCUAUGCCAAGUGGAGGCUUGCCUCAAUUCAAGACCUCUAGGAAUAAUAGACGACACGAGUACCGACAACGUUCAACCAUUAACCCCUGGUCAUUUUCUGAUCGGUGAAACACCUAUUACUGUGCCGACCCCCAACUUGCAAAAUAUCCCAGUAAGUCAUUUGUCACGAUGGCAUCAUCAGCAGAGGUUAAUGACUGAGUUCUGGCACAGGUGGCAACAAGAAUACCUGUCACGGAUGCAGCAACGUUCGAAAUGGCACAACAAGGUCAAGGAGUUUGAGAUAGGACACAUUGUUUUAAUAAAGGCAGAUAACUUGCCUCCAGCUAAAUGGAUGAUGGGACGAAUUGUUGACAAGCAUCCGGGCAAAGACGCUAAAGGUGUAAGGCAAGGAGACCCUUUAUCUCCAAAGCUCUUUUCUGCAAUCUUAGAAAGUGUAUUCAGGGAUCUGGAGUGGGAAAACAUCGGUAUAAGUAUAGACGGCAAAAAGCUCAACCACUUGAGAUUUGCGGAUGACCUAGUCCUGAUCACUGACAACGCAACUACACUUCAACAUAUGCUGCAACAGUUGUCGGAGGCGAGUAGAAAAGUAGGUCUCACUAUGAAUCUAUCCAAAACAAAGUUAAUGACAAACAGGGAAGAAAAAGUUGUAACUUUGGAUGACGCAAGUAUGGAAUAUGUGAGGACUUAUACAUACCUAGGACAACUAAUUGCGUUUAGAAACCAAACAAAAAAUGAAAUCGACAGAAGAGUAGCUAAUGCAUGGAAUCGUUACUGGUCACUUAAGGAGGUACUUAAAAGCAAACACUUCCCCAUGAUAGCAAAGAAAAAAGUGUUCGACUCGUGUGUCUUACCAUGCCUGACAUAUGGAUGCCAAACUUGGGCACUGAACCAAAAACAUCUCCUAGCACUCAGAACAUGUCAGAGGGGCAUGGAAAGAAGCAUGUUAGGAGUUAGAAAAAUGGAUCGCAUACGAUCAGAAGAUAUACGAUCCAUAACAAAGGUAGAAGAUAUAAUAAAGAAAGUAAGGCAAUUAAAAUGGAGAUGGACAGGACAUAUGACAAGAGAUAGCAAAACAAAAUGGACUAAAAUUAUAACGGAGUGGCAACCACGAGAUGGUAAACGAAAGAGAGGCAGACAGGUAAAAAGAAGGAUGGACGACAUAAAAAAGGUCGCUGAGAAUACCUGGCCAAGGAAAGCCAGAGACAGGGAAGUGUGGAAACAGCUGGAAGAGGCCUAUGUGUCACAGGACACGCUGAUCACUAAACCGAAACUGAUGUGUUAG